AUGGGUGUACCAACAACCCCGGAAGGACUUCCUUUGGACGAUCGGUCCAAUGCGCUCAAGAUACCCAUCAUCACAUUGAUCAUAUUCAGCUCGGUAUUCGUCUUGCUCCGCUUGGGCAUUAAUUGGAGGAAUAGGAACUUUCUCCUACUGACAGACCAUCUAUUAUGGACGGGACAGGUCAUAGCCGUAGCCGGUGCGGCAUGCUGCUACAGGAUGGCAGAAGUCGGGGGUGGUAGGCAUAUUUGGGAUCCCAUGUUGACGCCUCGGAACCUGGAAACAUAUCUUUACUACCUAUGGCUGGGUCAACUGCUCAAUCUGUACGGAAUGGCCUUGGUCAAGCUGAGUGUAUGCGCCUACAUCUUCAUGUUGGACUUUUCGAGAACAUUUCGGAUCAUCAUCUGGGCUUCAGUCGUGCUCCAUGUCCUCGUCAACGUUGUCUUUCCUACAGUCAUUCUUUUCGGCGAAUGCACACCAUACACGAAGCAUUGGGAUGUCGCUGGAACUAAACCUGGUUCUUGCUGGAGUGCGACACCACGAGUCAUAUCUGGAUACUCUGGCGCUGCAGUCAACAUAUUGACGGACUUGCUCUACACCAUGGCCCCUCUCAUCUAUAUUGCGAGGGUGCAGCUUCCCAAGCGAACCAUCUGGGGUGUUCGCGCAGUGUUCUUGUGUGGUCUUAUUACAACCACCAUCUCCGCGAUGAAACUCUACGAGAUGAAAUCCUUGAACGAAUCACCAGACCCUACCUAUUCGUCCGUCAAUCUCAGCGUUUUCGCGAUUGCCGAAGUCUUCGUUGGCGUUUUCACAGCGUGUCUUCCACCGCUCCGCAAGACGUUUGAGAACCUCCUCCGCAAGGUCCUUCCUACCAGUAUCACCGGAGGAUCUGGGAAGGGAUCAAGGCAAAGUUACGCACUCCAAAACACCGGCCCUCAGAUGAGUGGGAAGUCAUCGAAGCGGAAGCAUGAUACGGAUGAUGAUAGUGAGCUUGGCAUACUACCAGACGGUGAGGUCGUCAGCGAGAGGAAGGGUUCUGAUCAGCCGAUCACCAUUAUGAAGACCACGCACGUGGAAGUGACGGCUGAUACCGAGCCAUCCAAACCAUAUCAUCGUGAUCUCCAGUUCCGAGGUUUCGUAGAAGGCCUCACCUACGUUGAUAGCGACAGCCAAGCACAGUGCCACUACUUCGGAGGCGUUCCAUACGCUCUCCCACCUGUUGGCCCCUUUCGCUUCCAGAAGCCACGCUCACUACCACCGUGCUAUCGCUACGGAACGAAAGCGAACCCGGGGCGAUAUACAGGCGGAUGCGGGCUUUGUCCACAGCCAGGAUCCAGUACGGAAGUUCUUAACGAACUUGCAUGGGACGAAGACUGUUUACAGAUCAAUAUUUGGAUUCCAGCUGGUCAAUCGCCAGCGGAAGGUUGGCCGGUACUAUUCUGGAUUCAUGGCGGGUUCCUGCAAUGGGGUAGCCCGAACGGUCUCGACCUCCGUGCGCUAUUUAGUGAAUCCCCUACCCAGUGCGUCGUCGUCGCUCCCGCCUACCGUCUGAAUGUAUUCGGGUUUCUCGCUUCCCAGGAUGUUGUCGACUCAUGCCCAGAUUUUGGCGUCAAUCUCGGCUUCUGGGAUCAGCGCAUGGCCCUGCAGUGGACGUAUGAGAAUAUCAGCUACUUUGGCGGUAACGCCUCAAAUAUCACUAUCGGCGGGUAUUCGGCAGGGAGCCACUCAGUCUUUCAUCAAUUGUCGUAUGAUCUCGGAUUGCCCGAUGAGAAGGCAGUCGUAAAGAGAGCGUUAAUGCUGUCGAACGGUCCAGGUAUGCAGCCAAAGACUUUGACUGAGGCGCAGGAUCAGUUCGACGAGCUAUUGAAGGCUUUGAAUAUCGAGUCAGACGCUUCGCCAGCUGACAAACUGGCGAGACUCCGCGCAAUAAGCCCAAGGCAGGUUAUAAAAGCAAGCAACAAGAUCAAGCAUCACCAGUUCCGUGCAGUUACAGAUGGGUCGUUUGUGCGGCAUGGUCUUCUGGAAGAGCUGUCGAACGGGGUUUAUGCGAAACGUAUGAAGUGUCGUAAUGUGAAGCUUAUCAUCGGGGAAUGCAGCGACGAGCAUUUCGUCUACGGCCUUUGGCGACCUCCUAAGCCAGGGUAUGAAAACAUGCUCUACCGACUUGAAGCGGACUAUCCUCGCGAAGCUUGUAAGGUGUUGAUGUCGCAUUAUUUCCCCAAUCGCAAGCUGCCGUCCAAAUACACGAGCUGGCAGGCAGUUUUCGGUCAUAUCUACGCAGACGUGCAGAUUCACGCAUUGCGGCGUGGGAUGGUAAAUACGUUGGUAAAGCAUGGCGCGGGAGAUCUCAUACAUAGAUACCGCAUCGAGUGGCGCGCGCAAUGUGUUGACAAAGAGCUGCCCGAGCACUUUGGUGCUAGUCACGGCUCCGACAUGGCGAUAUGGUUCUGGGGCAAUGGCAGCGACCUGAGUGAAGGAGAGAAGAACAUCGCGUUGAAGACAUUUCACGAACCGUUGAGCAGGUUUCUCAAAGGCGAAAAGAUGGAAUGGGGUACGCAGCAUGCGAUGCAACUGAGGACAUUGAAGAGUGAUGGAAACGUCGCUAUCGAGGAAGACACAAGACUAGACGAGGGUUUGAAGCUGUGGAAUGCGCUGAAGACAGUUGGCGCUACUGGCAGUCCCAAGGAUAUGGCAAAGCUAUAA